AUGGACGACCGCUCACAGAGAGAAGGCAAAGAGGGUCUCUUCGAAAAUGAAAAAAAAAAAAAAAAAAAAAAAAAAAAACACACAUAUACAGUAAUAAAGGAAGUGAACUACUCGCAGAAUGAGGACGACACAUCGAUAGAAAAACCCAGUAAAAAAAAAAAAGGAACUAACAAAAAAAAAAUAUACAUAGAGGAUGUCCAAAGGGUAAAGGAGUUUAAAGGAGGUAUUUCAAGUGACGAUGGGGGUAGGAGCAAUAGGGAGCAAGGUCAUGAGAACCCUGAACUGAAGGGAUGCAUAAACUCCCAGAAAUGUCACGUCGAUCAUUUCCUAAAGAUAAGGAGAGAGCAAAGGGGAAAACGGGAAAAGUAUAGUAACUGCAGUAGUAACGGUGGUAGCCAUGACGGCGAUAAUGAAAGCAGUGAUAGUGAGCACGAAAUAGUGUCACUCCAAGGAAUGGGAAGAAGCAGGGAGCAGGACGCCACGACAGCUUCAUCCCUGCACAUUCAUGCGAAGGAAACGCCCCGUAGGAGCAGAAGAUAUGAUCUACCAUUUAACAUGGCCUACACCCCCCAAAUGUCAAACUCACCACGGAAUGGAAAUUAUGAGGAGUGGCCUCAGGAACAUUGUCCCAGUAGUCGAGACUUUGAUGAGAGAAAGGGGAAUGUCAAAACUGUACACCCCUCAGUGGACCAUAUUUAUAACGUAAGGAGUGCAGAUAUGCACGACAUUAGUAGUGACGAUCCCCCCGAUAUAAGUAGCGCAGAUUCUCACGAAGUAAUGAGCGCCGAUGCAUCAAGCGUCAGCAUAGGUGAAGCGAACAUUUUCUCCAAGCUAAUCUACCGAAUAAAGAAAGCUUUUGUCGACAAGAGAGGGGAACCCAUAACGAAUGAAAAUGUGGUGGACACUGAUAUUUGCGAAUUGACCAUUGUGGGUAGCAAUGGAAUUAACUCGACUAACCCUAACAACAUAGUGCACCUCGUGGAGGACGAAGAUACGUUUAUAAUGCAGGGGCAUAGCACUAGUCACACAGGAGGGGGAGAAGACCGAGCAGAUUCUUACCCACAUGGAAGCACCCAGGACAAUGAGAUGAUUUGUCUAAACGAACUAAACCCGAAUGAUCUGCUAAACAGUUCGACUCUCAUCAACUCCAACCGUUCAGAAAUAAAUGAAAUUUUCAGUAACGUCGAAAAUGGGAUCAUUAGAGUGGAAGGACUAGAUUCAGGGACAAAUGCCACUACAUCUAAUCAAGACGCUGCGCACCAUAGUAAUACAGGUAGUGACCAUGGUGGUACAAUACACCGCUUCCGAUAUAGCAAUGCCUUCCAAAAAAUAGCUACCUACGUCAAGGAAAAUAUAUCGUACGUAAAGGAAAAAAUAAAAAUCUACUGGCUAGAACGAGUACGUGAAGCGAACACCCAAUUGACAACACCUCAUCAAACUACGAACGAACGUGAGGAAACAAACGAACCGACACUUCGCACCGAAGACGAAAAUGAUGACCCCAGCUGUCUUCAAGUACUUUUCUUCCUAGGGUUGGUUUGUAAAUUCCCUAUCCUCUGGAUUAUUGGCUCCAUAAUAUUCUGUAUCACCCCAAGCGAACAUAAAAGAACCAAAAUGUGGAGUCUAGUUAACACCAUGUUUGCUCUCAUUAGUGUACUAUACUUUAUAAGCACAUCCAAAUUUAAAAUGCCAAAGCCAGUUUUUUCUGUCCUUAUGGAAUCGAAUACUGAAGAAAAGAAUAAUAUGUUUCCAAGAGGGGUUCUAAAAAAUCGCAACAAUGUUGUUCUCAGUUCGGUAGUGCUCGAUGGAUCAUCUACGACCCAUUGGAUUGGGCAAAACUCCCCUGCAGUUUACUCCGCACAAGGAAAGUUUUUUUUAAAUUGGAACUUCCUUUCAACGCAGAAGCCUGACACACACGUUCUGUUAAGCAGUGAUGUGUACAAGCUCUUAAACCGUGUGCAAGUGACGUUCCUUUUUGGACAGGGCAGCGGCUACCCUCGUGAGCAGAUUGAAAAGAUGAAGCCUUUUUUUCAUGAACUAAAAGAGGGCCUCAAGCCAGUUCCGGUGGAAAGACUCACUAUGACGGACCAGGACGUCCCUGAGGAUUUCUUCGGAGGAGGACUCAGAUGCGAACGGACAAAAAAAAACGUGCAGAAUCAGGCCAAUGAAGCUGAAACGGAAAAGGAAAAAGCGAAGUGGUAUUUAUUUUGGAAGGAAGAAGAAAACACAAAGAAUAAUAACUCAACGGGAUCAGAAGCACACAUCUCUCUUCCCGUUGGAGAAAUCUUCUUCUUCAAAAGCGAAUACACGUGCAGAGUGGCUUUUCUCUAUCCAAAAAAAACGAACCAUGAUGAGAAGGAGAUGCCAGCAAAUUUCAUCCAAAUAAAGAAAAUUAUAAUAAAGCCUUUUUGA